UUUUACUCUGACUCUCUGCAAAUUGGUAAAGAACAAUAUGGAGGACGUGUACGGAGGAGGAGCAUCUGCUUCCUCAGCCCAACAACAGCAAGACUACUUUCCCAUUGACGACCUUCUCGACCUGUCAAACGACGACCUUUUCUCUUCCUCCACUUCCUCCACCGACUCCAUUGACCUCCACCCUCCGCCGCCACCUCCGCACCUCCACGUCAGCUCCACCGUCUUCAACCCCACCCCCGCCACCGACUUCACCAACGACCUCUGUGUACCCAGUGAUGACGUGGCGGAAUUGGAGUGGUUGUCGCGCUUCGUGGACGACUCUUUCACCGACUUCCCCACCACCAACGUCUUCGGCUCCGCGUCCUUCCCAAACGACACGUCGUCCUUGUUUCCGAGCCGGGUUCGCACCAAUCGCUCAAAAUGGGAUGGCCCACCCGAGCCCAGCGACUCACGGGCGAAGCCCAAGAGAGAGCCAUCGGAAGCUUCUCCGUCGCCCUCCAAGCCGCGCCGGUGCGCGCACUGCGCCUCGGAGAAGACGCCGCAGUGGCGGGCGGGUCCAAUGGGCCCCAAGACGCUGUGCAACGCGUGUGGUGUCCGAUUCAAGUCGGGUCGGCUGGUGCCCGAGUACCGACCCGCGGCAAGCCCAACGUUCGUGCUGACUCAGCACUCCAACUCGCACCGGAAGGUUCUGGAGCUCCGUCGCCAGAAAGAGGCUUCUCAGCAACAGCAACCCGAAGAGCAACACCAGCCGAAGCAGCAAUUCUAUCUUCACCGGGAUGAGUAUCAAGUGUGCUGAGGUGUCAUGUACGUGUCAGUGUCUCAGUUGACGGGUCAAUGAAUGUGAAAUUUGGAUGGGCAUGAACAUCAUCAAUAUUUUCCACUUACUUUUGGUUAAUUUUAUAAAAAAUGGAAAAGUUUUUUGUUUUUGCGUAUAAUUUAUAAAUGUAUUUAUUUAUUUU